AUGAGCACGUCUACUGCUAUUUCGGAGACUACGGGGGGAUAUGAUGAGAGUCCUCUUUCUCCAGAGCUCCAAGCGGUCGUCGCUUACAUCCCACUGGUCUACAAAGGAUCCUACUGGAGUGAAUUUCCGUUGUGCUUUGCUGACUUUGAGCGUCUCAAACAGUUAGACUUGGACAAGGAUGAAAAGCCCAGCCUUGUGCAGGGAAACCUGUACUACGAGAUCACGCAGCAACUUGAAGAAAUAGCAUCCCGCGAUGGCAAUACCAGAGUAUUCAUCAAUCGUCUCGAUUCUUCCCCUGGGCACACGGUCGAGUACUCCAGAUCAGAACGGUGUCCCGAUCUUGGCUUUGAGCAUUUCUCUCGGAAACAUCCGGCCGUGAUAGGGGAACUCGCACUCUCUCAAACCGACAAGGAUCUACGCAGUCUUGCUGAGGAAUACCACCAAAAGUUGCAAGGUGAUCUCAACGUGGUGUUUGGACUCAAGUUUGGAUUUUGGGGGGGUGUCGGCACACGCCUGCGACGCGACGAAAUCAAGCUUUAUGACGAGUCUGGCGAGAGGAUCGUUGACACCCAGUUCGGCUUGCGCUUGUCCCUAGAGGACUUCGCAUUCCAACGUCCUUCUAGGACGUUCGAGGGCCUCGACCAGCACGAAAUCUUCAUCUCUGUCGACGUCCUUCAAGACAUUCUCGACUGCGCGGCGGGACGCCAUCACAUGUUGGCCAACAUGGCUUGACAAACAGUCGUUCGACGCUACAGCUGGAGGCUGCGCUAGAUCUGAUGAGGAAAAGGGAAAGCCUUGCUUUUAUUGAUUCUACGAUACCCCAAGGCAGUUCAGGAAUGCAUGGUACCUCGGUUCACACGAAAAGGAGUUGUCGGCUUGGGUACUAUUGAGGGAAAAAAGGAGAACAGGAAAACCCCCUCCAAAAAAGUACUUCCAUUGCUUCACAGAAAUCAAAAAGCCCAAAACCACAAACGGGCUGAGCUGGGCUGGGCUGGCCAUGAGCAAAUGACAAUUUGAC